AUGACUUCAUACAAGAUCCCCACCGAGCAAUGGGCUCAGGUCAUUGACAAGGUCGGCGGCCCGGUGCAAUACAAGAAGAUUCCCGUCCCCAAGCCUGGCCCAGAGGAAGUGCUCGUCAACAUCAAAUACUCCGGUGUCUGCCAUACCGACCUGCACGCCGUCAACGGGGACUGGCCCCUCCCAACCAAGCUGCCUCUCGUUGGUGGCCACGAGGGCGCCGGUAUCGUGGUGGCCCGCGGUGAUUUGGUCACCGAUGACAUUUGCAAGCUUGGCGAGGCCGUCGGUGUCAAGUGGCUGAACGACUCCUGCUUGAACUGCACAUUCUGCCAACAAUCAGACGAGCCCCUGUGCCUCACUCCCAAGCUCUCCGGCUACACCGUCGAUGGCUCCUUCCAACAGUACUGCAUUGCAUCGGCAAGGCACGUCGCCCACAUUCCCGAGGGCGUACCUCUCGAUGAGGUCUCCCCGGUUCUCUGCGCCGGCAUUACAGUCUACAAGGGUCUCAAAGAGUCGGGAGCACGACCGGGACAGACGGUUGCCAUCGUCGGUGCCGGUGGUGGCUUGGGUUCAUUGGCGCAGCAAUACGCGCGGGCUAUGGGUAUCCAUACCAUUGCCAUUGACACUGGAGAUGACAAGAAAGCACUCUGCGAGAAGAUGGGUUCCAGCACCUUCAUCGAUUUCGCCAAAUCCAGCGACGUCGUCAAGGAUGUCAAGGCUGCGACAAAGGACGGUCUCGGCCCCCACGCCGUCAUUCUCGUCGCCGUGACCGAGAAGCCCUUCCAACAGGCUGCGGAAUACGUCCGCCCCCGUGGAACCGUCAUUGUGAUUGGUCUCCCGGCCAAGGCAUACAUCCGUGCCCCGGUCUUCGAGUCGGUAGUGAAGAUGAUCAGAAUCCAGGCCUCAUACGUCGGAAACCGACAGGAUAGCGAGGAGGCACUCGACUUCUUUGCUCGCGGAUUGAUCAAGGUCCCAUUCAAGACGGUGGAUCUGAAGGAUCUUCCCAAGGUCUACGAGCUGAUGCAUGCUGGCCAGAUCGCUGGGCGGUACGUGCUCAAGAUGCCUGACCCAGAGUAG